GUUCUAUUCGUAAUGUAUGGAUACAAGAUGACUUUAUUCCUUGCUGUAUUUGUGUUUUUGUGGUGCAUGUAUAUUUGGGAAACAUACUUGAGUAUUCGUCAAAGAAGAAAAAUUGUUGACACAAGAACAGUACCUAUUGAACUAGCAAGUGUUAUGGAUAAUGAUAAAUUUCAAAAAUCACGUCUUUAUGCGAUUGAUCGAUCAAGCUUUGGUCUAGUCAGUGGGUUAUAUCAUAUGAUAGAGCUAUCAGUGACAUUGUACUUCUCAUUGAUACCAUGGUUGUGGUAUACAGUUGUUAACCACAGCACCAUCUUAAAUACCUAUGUGCUACAUAAAGUUGGUGUCGAUAUGGGUUUUGAUAAAGAUAGCGAGAUAAAAUGUUCCGUCAUUUUUUUCCUGUAUGUAGCUGUAUUUGUAUUUUUCGACUCACUCCCUUGGACGAUUUACAGCACAUUCGUAAUAGAAGCACGCCAUGGAUUUAACAAGCAAACUUUUGGUUUUUUUAUUAAAGACCAAAUCAAGUCGCUUUUGAUUUCGAUGAUUAUUGGCAUUCCAAUAAUGUCUUGCUUAGUAUGGAUAAUCAAAGUUGGUGGACAUUAUUUCUACUUGUAUGCUUUUUUAUUCACAGUCGUGGUCACUGUGUUUCUAAUGUUUGUGUAUCCAGAGUUUAUUGCCCCAUUAUUUGAUCGUUAUGAACCGUUACCCGAUGGAUCUUUAAAGACGAAAAUUGAAACAUUAGCUGCGUCUAUCAAGUUUCCUUUGAAAAAGCUCUUAGUUGUUGAAGGAUCACGACGUUCUGCUCAUAGUAAUGCAUAUUUCUAUGGCUUUGGUAAGAACAAAAGGAUUGUAAUUUUUGAUACGCUUAUUCGUGGUUUCAAAUUUCCAAAUAAAAACGAAGAUCUAUCGAAGCAGGAAACUAAAAAUGACUCAGACCAACGAGGCUGUGCAGUUGAUGAAGAAAUUUUGUCAGUGAUCGCUCAUGAGUUAGGACAUUGGAAACUAGGGCAUACAAUUUACAAUCUUUUCAUCGGAAAGGCAAAUCUCUUGAUGUUGUUUGUAAUAUUUGGCCUUCUGAUGGAUGUAGAUGAUUUGUUUAUUUCUUUUGGUUUUAAAAGUAACGAUACACCAGUAAUACUGAGACUGUUUAUUAUAUUUCAGUACAUUUUCUCUCCGUAUAAUACGGUUAUCGACUUUCUAAUGACAGUCUUGUCUAGGAAAUUUGAAUUCCAGGCAGAUGCCUUUGCUGCUAAAUUGGGUUAUAAACAGUAUUUAAAAUCUGCCUUGGUAAUUCUAUUAAAAGACAAUUUAUCAUUUCCUGUCUGUGAUUGGUUGUAUUCAAUGUUUAACCAUUCCCAUCCACCACUUCUUGAGCGUUUGAGUGCAAUUGACAAGUGUAAAUCUGACUAAAUUAUGUUGUCUUUCCAUUCACAUUUGUUUUAUUCGGCCUCUAUUGGUUGAAUAUUGUUUGGCAUUCAGCGUUUGUUGUUCACUUUUGCAAACUUUUAUCAGUGUUUGUAAGUAAGAUGUUUUUUCAUCAUAUAAAUUUACUUUAAAAGCCA